GAACUACUUGUUUGAAUGUCAAAAUGUGAGCAAGAACUUUAUUGCCACCCCCCCCUUCUGUUCUCUUAUCUGUGUUCUUUAGUAGCUGGAGAUGGAGAGAAAGAUGUGCUGCCCCAUUGCAACUUGCAGGUUUACACGUACACCUGUGACGUGGGCAAAAGAGAGAAUGUCUACUUGACAGCUGAGAGGGUCCGCAAGGAGGUUGGCGAGGUGUCUGUCCUGGUUAACAAUGCUGGUGUGGUCUCCGGGCACCAUCUUCUGGAGUGUCCUGAUGAGCUUAUUGAGAGGACCAUGAUGGUUAACUGUCACGCACACUUCUGGACCACUAAAGCCUUCCUUCCCAAGAUGCUGGAAAUGAACCAUGGACACAUUGUGACAGUUGCAAGCUCCUUGGGGUUAUUCAGUACUGCUGGAGUUGAGGAUUACUGUGCCAGCAAAUUUGGAGCUGUAGGCUUCCAUGAGUCUUUGAGCCAUGAAUUGAAGGCUGCUGAAAAGGAUGGAAUCAAAACUACUUUAGUUUGCCCUUAUCUUGUAGAUACAGGAAUGUUUAGAGGGUGCAGGAUCAGAAAAGAAAUUGAGCCUUUCCUUCCACCCUUGAAACCUGAAUACUGUGUGAAACAGGCCAUGAGAGCCAUCCUUACAGACCAACCAAUGAUCUGCACACCUCGCCUCAUGUAUAUGGUCACCUUCAUGAAAAGUAUUCUGCCAUUUGAAGCAGUCGUAUGCAUGUACCGAUUUUUGGGAGCAGACAAGUGUAUGUAUCCUUUCAUCGCUCAACGGAAACAGGCUACAAACAACAAUGAAGCAAAAAAUGGAAUUUAACAGUUUUGGAUGGACUAACAUUUAUAGGUGAAUGCAAUAAUGUUACUGAAUUGCAAAGUGCACUUGCAUCUAACAGAUGCAAAUGUCAACAUCUUACUGUGGCAUUCUCUUGGGUCCUAAACCUGUGUAUUGAACUCUAAAAAUCAAUGGAUUUUUAUAUACUGUAAAUAAAACUGACUAGAGUACUUGGGAAAUGUGAUAGGUAACUCAAAUGAAUUUACAAUGUAGCUGCCACCACUGUCCUUUAGAAUAUCACUGUAUGUACAGUAAACUAGUCAUGCUACUUGUUGUAGGGAUGCACUGUGUGAUCUCUCUUCCUUAGUCUGCCAAGGCUUCUAAGAGCUGUAUCCAACCAGAAGAUGCAAUGUUUCAGAAAUGGUUUGAUUUCCUUAUGUUAUUUAGGAAGGGAGAGAAAUCUUGCAAUUUUAAGCUACUGCUUGUGAUCUUAUAGCAAAUUCAAGGACAGUUUCUGAGUGCAUCUCUUCACUUGUUCACCCAAGUUCUCUAAAGGACACAUGGCCAAAUUGUGGUGUAAUUCUCUUUUGUUGCAAUUGUGUGUGUUCUAUUUAAACAAAGAUGAAAAUAAAUUUGUAAAUCUCUGCCAAUUCAAAGGCAAAUGAAUGUCUUACAUACUGUCAGAGCAAACUUGUACUGGGCAUCUGGUUUUUUAGGAAUGCAGUCAGUGAUUUAAUUUCACUUUUUUUCCAAGUUGACUUAAUUUGAAAAAUGCUCUGUUCUGUUUCCCUCUCCGUCAGAGUCCAAUUUACUGUUAUGGACUACAUGUUGCAUUUCUUCUUCCUCAUUCUUCUGACAGAGUUUUCCCACCCCCCCAAGGAAACUGUUAUGUUAAAUUCUCUAACUGGACUUGUGCCUAAAAGACAAAGCAACUCAGCUGAGAUACAAACUGUUUAUGUAAGUGCUGGUCAUAUGCCAAUUAUUAGCAAAGGAAAAAUAGAAUAAUGCCUGAUGCAACUCUACAUUAAGAAUAUGAAAGGGUGUAAAGAUUUUUUUGAGUUGUACUCACAUAGAACAGCAGAUGACUUUUACAGUAUUUUUUGUAAAGCAAACAAUUUUGUGCCUUGAAUUUGGUAAUCUGUAUUAGUGAAGCAUUGUAAAAGUGAGAUUCUACCUCUGUAUCUUAAUGUAUACCAUCCACUUGUAAACUACUAUCAGAAAAAUUGUGAUUACUUUUUUAGAAUGUCUUGUUAAAUAGUGACCAAUGCCUGUGGUUAUUAAAGUGAGCCACCUUUUCCUUAAAAC